AUGCAGCCGUCCGUUCACCUACUAGAUUAUGUGGCGGGUAACACGCGGAGUUUAGUCAAUGCAAUUGAAAAAGUAGGGUACAGAGUUGAAUGGGUACGAUCGCCAGAGGAUCUAGAAAAUGUCCAAAAAUUGAUACUUCCAGGAGUUGGCCAUUUCGGCCACUGUAUGAAUCAGUUCUCGGCCGCUGGAUACUUACCUGCUAUUCAGAAACAUAUAAAAUCAGGCAAACCUUUCAUGGGGAUUUGUGUCGGCCUACAAGCUCUUUUUGAAGGCUCCUCAGAGGAUCCAGCCACAUCAGGCCUAGCUCUUAUCGAGGGUCAUCUCACCAAGUUUGAUAGCACCUCUAAGUCCGUUCCGCACAUCGGUUGGAACAGUGCAAAGACAAUGGAUAAGAAGAUGUAUGGCAUAAGUUCAAGUUCAAAGUACUAUUAUGUUCAUUCAUAUAUGGUACCAUACCAAGCAGGUAAACUUGAAAGCUAUGGAUGGUCCGUUGCAACGGCAACCUACGAUGGAGAAGAGUUUGUCGGGGCAAUAGCUAAGGAUAAUGUUCUAGCGACGCAAUUUCAUCCAGAGAAAAGCGGUGUAGCAGGACUACGAGUCAUCAAGUGCUUCCUUGAAGGAAAGGAUAAGUCAUACUUGACAGAUGAUUCAAGAAUUAUCACAGACGGUUUGACGCGAAGGGUGAUUGCGUGCCUCGACGUGCGGACUAACGAUCAGGGCGAUUUAGUGGUUACUAAGGGUGAUCAAUAUGAUGUACGGGAAAAAGGAACUGGCGGUAAUGUUCGUAAUCUCGGGAAACCAGUCGAAAUGGCAAAAAAGUACUAUGAACAAGGCGCAGAUGAGGUGACAUUCCUAAAUAUUACUAGCUUUCGAGAUUGCCCACUGGCAGAUCUUCCUAUGCUAGAGAUAUUACGGCAGACUUCAGAGACGGUUUUCGUGCCACUGACAAUCGGUGGGGGAAUCAAAGACACGACAGAUUCCGAAGGGCGAAAAGUAUCUGCUCUUGAGAUUGCAAAAAUGUAUUUCCAGAGCGGCGCGGACAAAGUGUCAAUCGGUUCCGAGGCUGUUACUGCAGCAGAAAAUUAUUACGCUGCUGGAAAGAAACUAUCUAGAAAUACUCCUAUUGAGCAAAUAUCAGGCGCAUACGGCAAUCAGGCAGUAGUUGUCAGUGUCGAUCCCAAGCGGGUAUAUCUAUUGGAACCAACCGAGACAAAACAUGCUUCUAUCAGAACAAAAUUCCCUGGUCCAAAUGGCGAAAAUUUUUGUUGGUAUACUUGUACUAUCAAGGGCGGACGGGAGAGUCGAGACAUUGACGUGGUGGAACUUGUCCAAGCAGUUGAGGCAAUGGGGGCCGGUGAAAUUUUACUUAACUGCAUAGAUAAAGAUGGUACCAAUAGCGGCUUUGAUCUAGAACUUAUUGAACAAGUAAAAAAGGCUGUUGGUAUUCCUGUAAUUGCUUCAAGCGGAGCUGGAAACCCCAGUCACUUUGAAGAAGUGUUUUCUAAAACUAAGGCUGACGCAGCACUCGGGGCAGGCAUGUUUCACCGCGGCGAGUAUACCGUCAAACAAGUCAAAGAUUAUCUAUGUGAAAAGGGACUCGUGAUUCGUAAUCUAGAGAAUAACCUUGUCGAAGCUUAG